AUGUGUACGAUUUUCAAAUCGCACAAACUCUGGGAUAUGGUGGAACAAGGGUUUGAGAAUCAUGUGAAGAAAGAAGACGGUGGUGUUUUGAGUGCAGCUCAAAAGCUUGCAUUUGAGGAAAAUGUACCAAAGGAUGCUAAGGCGUUGGGUCUGAUUCAAAGUGCAAUCUCUGAUGAAAUUUUUCCCAGAAUCGCUCUACAAGAAUCUGCCAAAGCAGCUUGGGAGAUUUUGCAAAAGGAAUUUGGAGGAGAUAAGAAGUUUUAUGGAGAGGAUAUUUCUGAUCAAAGAAUCGUACAGAAACUUUUGAUUAGUUUAUCUAGAGAAUAUGAUUCUAUUGCAGAGGUGAUAGAGGAGACUAAAGACACAGAGACUAUAAGAGUUCAGGAGGUUAUUGGCUAUUUGAAAUCCCAUGAACAACGGUUGCAAAGGCACACUGAGAAACUGACAGUAAAGGCUUUCUCUAGCCUAAGUGUGAACCCUAGAGAGCAUUCAAAUGCUGCACAAGAUGGGAGUUCUAAGUCCAAAAAGAAUUGGAAAUCAUAA